AUGGAUACCAUCAAAGCUCACGUAAUUGAUCUAAUCAACUUCAUUUCAAGAUCCAUUAUCUAUAUAGAUUUUGCUAUUGCUUUUUGUUGUGUUUUCUUGAAUUCAAUGUCUACUCAUCGCUACUCAACCUUUGCAUCGCACCUCAUAUUUGGUGUUCUUAUGAUAAUGAUGAGCUUUGAUUUCUUUAUCAUGACAGCAAGUGCAAGGCAUCUUUUGGAGACGCCAUUACCUACGGUACCUGAAGAACUUCCAAAGUCUGAAAUACCCACUUUGGCAAAACCUGAGCUUCCUCCACUACCAAAGUUUGAGUUACCUCCAUUGCCUCAUCUUCCACCUUUGGAAAAGCCUAAACUUCCUGCAUUGUCAAAGCCUGAACUCCCAAAGUUGCCUGAAUUACCAAAAGUACCUAAUCUCGAUCUCUCCAAAAUUCCUCAAGUUCCAAGUGUGCCUAAGUUUGAUCUUCCUAAGUUGUCUGAAGUUUCAAAUCCACCACAAUCUGAACUCCCAAAAUCACCUAAAUUGCCAAAUGGACUUAAACCAGAACUCCCAAAAUUACCUGAAUUGUCAAAUGUGCUUAAACCAGAACUCCCAAAAUUACCUGAAUUACCAAAUGUUCCUAAACCAGAACUCCCUAAAUUACCUGAAUUAUCACCUCUCCCAAAACCAGUUUUUCCUACUCUUCCAAAAGACAUGCCUUUCCCUUCAUUUAACCCACCCCACACGACCACAUCAAACCCUUGA